ACCUAAAAAUCUCAGGUGACAGAUUGUUAGAAAAUGUCGUCUGCUGAAAAAAUUGACAUUUUUAGUAUACUAGUAGUGAAAAACAACAUGUAGACAGUAAUUUGAGACAGACUUUUUCAAGAUUGUUCAUAAUUAUUUAUCACUAAAUCAGAAAAUAUAUCAAUAGGCCAAAUUAUCUUUGGUGUUAGUCAUUAGUUUUUAAAAGUCAUACAUGAAAAUUAAAUGUCAAGUCCUAUAUGCACACAACACGAAAAACGAAAUUCAAUGAUCAUAUCAAAUUUCUUUAUUAACUGCUGGGAAUUUCGUUUGUUUUAAACACAAUGGGAUUGUCUUUUCAAAUAUUGAAUAAAGUUCCACUUUAUAAAAAAAUUAAUAUGAAAAUUUUAUCAAAUUAUCUCGAUGCUCAACGAAUACGACUAUUGGCUGAAUAACAAGGGGUCAAAUUUUGAAUGUUUCGCCUUACAAGAUGCAACGUGCUCGUUUUACUCGAACAGGAAAAAGCAUGUCCAGGAAACGGAGUUUUUACAUUUUGGUUGGAAUUGCCACGGCCUUUAUAUUUUUUUUGGCAUUAAAUCAACAUUACAACAACUAUUUUGAACACCAAUUGCAGCCUAUGAUAUCGGAUACCGAGUUAAAAUUGCGGCACACUAAAAUACACCAAUCUUUCACGAAUUACAUAAAAGGUGCUGCCAGCGAUGUGACUCUAUACGAAAUUCAAAAAGUUCUGAAUCUACAACGGAAAUUGAUUGAAAAAAAUAUGAGUAGUUAUAGAUAUCUUAAUGGAAAAAAUGAUAAUCUCGACAAUUUUGUAAUGGAAAGAGGUGGUAAUCCAUUGAGAAGUAUUAUUUUAACAAGUUGGCGCAGCGGAAGUACUUUUCUUGGUGAAGUUAUCAAUGCCCAUCCUGCCACUUAUUAUCAUUACGAGCCACUAUUGGACUUUGGAAUUAUUCAAAUAAGAGAAGAGCCUUUUGCAAGAGUGGCUCUUAAAAAUAUCGAAUCAUUGCUCAAGUGCAAUUACUCAAACAUGGAACAUUAUUUGGACUUUGGAAAGACUCAUGUUUGGCUUUUUAACCACAACGCCCCUCUUUGGGAACAAUGCCUAAUGCACAAAUCAAUUUGCUGGGAUCCACGAUUUCUUUCUCCCUUUUGUCAAUUAUUUCCAUUCCAGUCUAUGAAAAUUGUACGAUUACGAUUACGGCUCAUUGAAAAAAUUUUAGCACAAGAAAGCUUGGGAGCAAAAGUAGUGUUUUUGGUUCGUGAUCCACGAGGCAGCUUACAAUCGAGAAAGCACAGAGACUGGUGUCCAGGAGAACCGGAUUGUUCCGAUCCUAAUCUUCUGUGCUCUGAUUUGGUGUCCGAUUUUAAGGCAGCUGUCAAAUUUUCGAAGAAGUAUCCUCGCAAUUUUCGAGUUGUGCGCUAUGAGGACUUGUCGGUGAAUCCAUACGAAUCUGUGAAGGAUUUAUAUCAAUUUUAUGGUCUCGACUUUCAUCCAAACAUUAUCAGAUAUCUGGAUACUCACACAAAGACUGAUUUUGGAGACAUGUCAAGUACUUUUAGGAAUUCUAAGGCAGCUCCGUUUCAUUGGCGGACGGAUUUAAAUUUUUACGAAGUACAAGAGAUACAGGACGCUUGUACGGAGGCAAUGAAUCUUUGGGGUUACGUGCAAGCUGGAAAUUAUACUCAUCAACAGUAUUUUAAUCCAACGACAAAUUACAGUUUGGAAUAUCCUGCCGGAAACUUUGACAUUCCUUGACGAUUAAUGCACCUUGUUGUUUUCUACUUUGAAAUAAGAAAAGAAGUAUCACAUUUGAAGAUGGAGUGAAUGUUUUAGCAAAAAAAAACUCUAAUGAAAUAUUUCUCGUCUGUGCCUCUCUAUGACAUAAAAGGUUUUGUAUGUUGAUUUUAUUUUCUCACUUUGAACUAAAAAAAACAAACAAACAAGGAAAAAUGGGAUUUUGUAGAUUGUACUUUUCGUAAAAUAGUCAUUAGUGUUUGGAAUUUUUAAAGCUUUUUCUCAUACAUAAUAAUAUAUACAUAUUAAUAUUCGCGGUGUGUUAAAUUAUUGAGACUGUAUUUCUUUCUUUCGGAAUAUUUCAAAGAAAAAAAAAAUUUACGUGCAUAAUAUUUUUCUCUCGCUCUCUUUUUUCUCUUUGUCUCUCUGUGCAAGAACUCUCUAUAUUUCACUGCUCAAUUUAUUUAAUAUAUUGUACCAUUUGUUACUCUUUUUUUUCAUUAUAUAGAUGUAUAGAUAUCAAGAUUUUAUUAUAUUAUAUAUAUAUAUAUAUUUCGUCUUAUAUUUUUCU